AUGCGCAUCGCCCAGCACGCCUCCGACGAGCCUACUACAUCAGGCCGCUCGUCCCAGGCCAGCACCGCUUCCAAAUCCCACCGGCCCUCGCUAUCUCUCGGCACCGGACGACGCAGACGCAAAUCCGAAAAGGCUGUGCACGCUCACGACAUCUCCCACAUUGACCUUGACUUCUUUCUCUCCUUGCCUGAAAAGGUACGCAAACAGCAUUUUUCCCGCGAAGAGCAGGCCCUCCUCCAAGGCAGGCACGAACAGGCGUUCCUUCCCGACGACCAGGAUCCCGAGUGGGCACAACAACGCUUCAACGAUUUUCACUUCGACUUCUCCCACUCCACGCUCGACCUUCCGGAACGCGGCCGUUCACGACGUCGUUCAUCUUCGGCCUCUUCAACCGUCAGCCCUUCCCGCCCUACUUUCGGGCCUUCUUGUACAUCAAACACGGACAAGGACCGAAACACCCAUUUACUAUAUCUCGACACAAUGGCCACGCCCAUCUUCCAUCGGAGGGAAACCUCAACGGCAGAUAUGAGACGAACCAUGUCCCUCACGUCGCACCCUGUCCGCCUUGGAUCUUCAUACAUGGCGGAUCCUCCACUCUUCAAUGCUCGGCCGAAUCGACUUCACCAGCGUGCCCACUCUUCUUCUCUUACAGGCCACAUUUCGCCAUCUACGCCGCCAACUCUCAUGAUCGACCCCGAAGCGACACACUACCAGGAUCCCGAGGCGAGGAAAAAGCUGCGCAUGUAUCUUGCAUCUCCUCAAAAGUUCGACGAAGCGAUUGAAUUCGGCUUCCCAUCGUCCGCUGGAAGCGACGCCGCUACGCCCCACUUCCAGCUGCCACAAAUAGACAAUCACGCUCGCAAGUUCAGCCGAGACAUGCACACCUUCCUUAGGGAUGGACAGCUGUCGUUCUUCGAAGACCAUCCAAAGGAGAACCAGGGACUGGAAUCUGAUGCCGGCUCUGUAGCCGACAUGGACUCACCUGCCACGCCCUCCAGCACCGGCCUGUCUUUCCGUAUGCACUCCCGGCAAAUCUCGCACCGCAAGUUCUCGGUUGAUUCGCCGGCUCCGUCGCCUGUCCACUCCGCCAAUGGGCAUUUUAAUCGCGAGAUGACGCUCCGUAUGACCUUGACCCGGCCCGACUUACGAGCUGACGAAGAUCAACUGUAUGGCUGGCAAGGCUCAGGCUCGAGCUCAAGUCCCAAAACCUCGAAAGACGAUCCUCUGGCACUGGAAGACCUUGUCUUCACCGACGACAUGACCGGUACCAAGGGCGCCUUUUACGUUAAGCCUAAACCGCGCGGAAACCUUGUGAGCCGCUUACUGAAGCGUGCCAGCCUCAAGGCCACCAGUCGCUGA